ACCACGUGGAUUGGAUCCAUGGCGCUGUAUGGGAAGGCGGCCGCUGUCUUGCAGCAGGCCGGGGAGCAGCGUGGCUCUGUCAAAUCCCUGGUGUAUAACAGUGGGUAUGAGAAUAUUAAACAGCUGUAUGCGCUGGUGUGUGAAACACUGAGAUACACCCCUGUGCUGGAGGAGAUCAUUAGCAUGACAGACCUGUUGAAGAAGGAGAAAAAACUGCAGAUCAAUAUUGCUAAGGUGCUUGUGUAUGAUCUCCUCUUUGGGAAGGGUCUGAAGUGUGGCGGGAGCUGGAAGGUAUUGAUUAUGAAACAUCGUUCGCAGCUAAAAUCAGCACUGGCCAGAUUAAAGGUAAAAAGAAAAGUUUACCGCGAUGAGGACCUCAUUGAAUCAAAACCUUCUGAUGCAAAAGAUUGUCAACUGCCUCGUUACGUCCGAGUGAAUUUGCUGAAAACCAACGUGGAGGAUGUAAUUGACUACUUCAAACGCGAGGAUUAUGCUUAUCUCGGGCAGGCAACUGAUGCAGCAGAUCUGAAAAAUCUCACUCAUAGACAAUUCAUCUCUGACCCUCAUCUCCCUGAAUUACUCGUUUUCCACCCGAAGACUGAUCUUCACGAACACUUUUUGUACACAGCUGGACAUAUCAUUCUGCAAGAUAAGGCCAGUUGUCUCCCGGCCCAUCUCUUGAACCCUCCAGUGGGUUCUCAUGUAAUCGAUGCUUGUGCAGCUCCUGGUAACAAGACCAGCCAUCUUGCCGCUAUUCUUUGCAACAAAGGGAAACUCUUUGCAUUUGAUCUGGACACCAAGCGCUUGGCUACGAUGGGCACCCUACUGUUGAGGGCUGGAGUUACAUGCCAUGAAAUGGCCAACCAGGACUUCCUGCUUGUGGAUUCCAGCAACUCCAAGUACCGGGAUGUAAAGUAUAUUUUACUGGAUCCUUCAUGCAGUGGCUCUGGAAUUGUAAACCGCUUAAACCAGUUCACAGAUGAUGAGGAUUCGUCGUCCGCACAGCGCCUGCAAGCGUUGGCGGCUUUCCAGUACAGAGCACUCAGUCACGCAUUGAGCUUUCCAAGUGUGGAGAGAGUCAUUUACUCAACUUGUUCAGUCCAUCGUGAGGAGAAUGAAGACGUUAUGGAGAAGAUACUGCAGCGUUAUGCAAACUGUUUCAGACUAGUUAAUUUGAUGCCUUCGUGGCCAUGUCGUGGUCUGGAUACAUUCCCAGAAGGUCCCAGAUGUCUUCGGGCCACGCCGGGCGACACCCUGACAAAUGGCUUCUUUGUUGCUAUGUUGGAAAAGCACAAUGGGCAAAAUGAGAAGGAACAAAACAGAGAGAGCUUUGCUGAGGAGUGUGUACCACUUGCAGCAUCUAGCCUUACUUCUGUGAAGGUGCUGGAAGGAAAUCCUGCAGCUUGCUCACCAACAGCUCGACGCAAAAAAAAGAAAUUGAAGAAAGUCAAAUCAAUUGUAUGAGGACAAGGUAGACUGAAGAUGGUGCAGCCCAGGACAAUAAAACAGAAUACUGCAAGAAUUCAAUGAGUCAAGAAUCAUCUGUGGAGGAAUAAGGUGCAAGCCAACAAUUUGGGUCAAGACCUAAAUCAGCACUGGGGUGGGGGGGAAUGGGGAAGGAAUAAAGAUUGCCAGCAUAUAGCAGUAUGAAGUGGAUUUGGACAGAGCAUGAUCAGUGAUUAUGUGAAUGUAGAUAGGGGAUGGAUGAACAAACAAUAUUAAAUGGAAAGAAGAGUGUGUAAGUGAGGGAGGAGACACCAGGAGAUGUGGGUUAUCCCCUCUGUCAGUGUUUUCUGCCCUCAAUCUGUUCAAGACCUGCCUGUAAAGGUAACGCUUGAGCCUGUAACUGGAACACGUGCAAUAAAGGAUACUGUUUUUUGUUUUGUAUAUGGUCAAAUAAAUUGAUGUAUUUCACAUGAUUUUAAUAUGAAAUGUGGGUGAUUGAGCGAAAAAGGAGGUACCUCUUGUCUAUUCUAAUACUAGCUUACAUACAGUAGUUUUUCAUUGGUACCUGUUAUGUUCAUCCAGCCUAUUGCUGUAAAUGUACCUUUAUUACCUUGAUUUUACUUAAAACUAUUACGGGGUGAAUUUUGUCUCACUGCUUCUGGAAUGCCAUGUGUUUUACAAAACAGCUGAACUAUGGCCUAAUCUUUUUGAGAAAAACUACUGGGCAAUUGAGUUAUCAGUUUAGAGAAAAUAAAGACCAUUGAGUAAGGUAAGUGUAAAUAAGACAUUUGAAUUACUUUAUUAGAACUAUAAAAAUGGCAUAUUGUCUUUGUGACAGGUUCAAUUCAAGGCUCCCCAACAGAGCUAAGACUGCAAUAGGUGAAAUAAUUCAUGUUUAUUUUUGUAAUAUGCCAUAAGUGGCAAAGUGUGAGUGUAACCAGUGUAAGAAUGAAGUGCUUCAGCAAAAGUCUUCAUAAUCACAGCUUUUUAUUUAAAACUAUCUCAAUUUAAUGACAUAAGCAAAAAAAUCAGAUCUCUGCACACUUGCAGUCAGCUCUACACCUGCACAUUCACUCACUAGUUCUAUCAAGCUGAAGUUGCAAUGAUAGAAAUCUACAAUAUUUUUAAAGCACACUAACAUUUCCACAUCCACUCAUUCUAUGAGUUACUCAUCAACAUUCAUCACUUGCAUGUAUUUUACCAUUCAAAGUCACCAGAGACCACACACAACAUUAGGAUUAAAGCAUUUCUUGCUGCAUAUUCAGUCUUCAUCUACAUAGGUAGUUACUUCAAGUGCCCUUUUGGGUCAAAACUUUAUAUUUAAACAUGAGAUUUGCCUUGUUAUUACAUAAAUGACAAGCCCAGGCAUUUGAUAAGUUAUCAAAUGACAUGGUGUCAAACUGAAGUGUAAAUAAUUUGUUGUAAUGAAUUAAAUGACACACCAUUCCCCAACCACCCAAGUGUGUUUGGACAGAUGUGGGAUACAAAUUAUCUGGUUAACUUUCAAAUAAUUUACAAGUUGUUUUGUAAAAUAAAACUAAUUCUGAUACCACUUGUUUCAACUGGCCAUUAAAUCACAAAACAUACAGGUAUGGUUUCCUUCCUCUCCAAAAAAGACACUUAGCUGUCAAAGUGCUCCAUUGAGUGGCCUGGUAGAGGCAAACAUAAUUCAAUGUUUGAAGAACAAGGAAAUCAAGAUAUAUUCCAGUAAUUUGUAUGUUUUAAGUUUAGCAUAAUUUAAGACAACUGUGGGCACAAAUUUAGUGAAGCAUAUUUAUUGGACGAAACUCCAAUUAAUAAAUGACCCUUCUGGAAUAAGAGGUCUUUAAGCAACUGGUGUCACAACAGAUGCUUAUAACUAUGGUGAUGUGGAAUGGGGGUUUCUAUACAUUAAGACCGUCCUAAGGAAUAUUUAUUAAAAAGUAAUUUGGCAUCAUAGACUGUGCAAUUUACAUGCUGCUACCCACAAGCUUCUUACACAAUCACAAGUGGACAAAUCGUGUGUAAAUGCUCUUCACUCUUUCUUCUCCCCC